AUGGUCCAGCCAGGGCUCGGCAGUGCGCUUGACACGCCUCGAACCAACAUUGGCGACGCGACCUAUCUCAACAGACAGCCCGAUUUCGCCGACAUCUCGCAAGAGGCCUCCUUCCAAUCUCCAGGCAAAGACGGCGAUCUCCUGCAGCAGCUUCGAAACGGCCGUUCGACCGGGAUUAGCCUACGCACUCCGCGACAGCGAGGACCGCUUGCCGAUCGCAGGAACCUUCCCCCAAGCAUUGGCGGUGCCGAGUUCACCCCGCUGCUCAAGUCCGCAACACGAAAUAGCAUUCAGAAGCAAGGGAAAGAGAAUGGCGCUGCCAUGUCGGACACGCCCGGAUUGAGCAAGAUAGACGAGGACGAUGUGACUGCAUUGCCAAGAAUGGAUGGCUCCAUGUAUUCCGUUUCUCGCAACCAGUCAUACCUUGAUAACACCUUGCCGCACGUGGAAAGCAGUAGUGUUGCGUCCACUCCCUUGGUUAUGCAGCCGCGACGAGGCGCGAACAAGGGACCGCUGCAAGACGGCAAUCAGCUAUCGCUACGAGAACAAGAAAAUGUCAUAGAUCGAAUCGAGAAGGAGAAUUUUGGUCUCAAACUCAAAAUCCACUUUCUUGAAGAGGCGCUGCGCAAGGCUGGCCCUGGAUUUAGUGAAGCCGCUUUGAAGGAAAACACGGAACUCAAGGUCGACAAAGUCACGAUGCAAAGAGAGCUUCAACGGUACAAGAAACACGUUUCAACCGCCGAGAAGGACCUUGAGACAUAUCGACAAGAAAUGCUGGAGCUCCAGGAGAAGACAAAACGGAGACAAACCGACGAAACCCAACGACUAAAACUGGAACAGCUACAAAAGGCGCUAGAAGAGAGGGAGGCAAAUAUAGACAACCUGCAGCGCCUGCUUGACCAAGGCCGUAACGACGAUGACCAAUUGGAACGACUCCGGGAUAAGGUGGAGGACAUGGAAGCGGACUUGCGCGAAAAGGACCGCCAAAUCACAGAGCGUGAUGAUGAGUUGGAUGAGGUGAGAGAAAGAGUUGUCGCAGCCGAGGACGAAGCCAAGGAAGCUCAACGAAGACUGGCCGAGCUCAACGAAAUGGAGCAGCAGACUGAAGAACUGGAGGAAGCCAAGGAGACUAUCCAAGACCUGCAAACUACCCUGCGUCAGCUUGAGCAGCAAAUCGCUGAAGUCAAAGACACAGCUGACAAUGCGAUUUCUCAAAGAGACCGAGCAGAACGGGACCUCGAAGAACUGCAAGAGGAAAUGGCCAACAAGUCCGUGGUGACAAAAGGGCUCUCUCGCCAGAUUGAGGAAAAGGUGGCUCGUCUGCAGGAGGAACUCGACAGGUCUGGGCAGGAAUAUGCAGAUGUAGAAAAAGAACUGUCUAGAGCAAAUGAGGAGAACGAAAGGCUGAGGGCGGAGCUUGAUGAAACGAAGAAUGGUCAGGACGAAGCUCAGCGGGGACAACGAUUGAACAUGGCGAGAAUUCGAGAGCUUGAAACAGAGCUUCUUGCCGUUGCAGACGAGAAGGACACUUUGCAGCUCAGGCACGAGUCUCUGAUGGUCGAGUCGGACGCUCUUCAACACGAAGUGCAGAGGUUGGAGGGCGAGGUUGAAGAGCUCCAGAAGCACACAGCGGAUGAAAAGGAGUAUGCCCUCGAAAUCGAGAAGGACCUGCGGCAGCAGUUUGAAGACGAGCUGGAGCGACUGAACAACGAGAUAUCCAACUUGCAAGCCGAAGUCCGAGAACGAGAUAACCUUUACGAUAACGACAGUGAAAAAUGGGAUGUUGAGAGGCAAACGUUGGUGUCGGACCGAGAAAGGGCAGAGGAAAGGGCAGCUGGUCUUCAACGGACCAUCGAUCGUCUCCGCGAAGCCGAAGGGAGUUUAUCAAGCAAGGAGGCGUCCUUGCAGAAGGCUAUGGAAAGUGAGAUGGAACGCCACAAGAGUGAAGAGGCGGUCACGGCUCGGCAGAUUGACGACCUCCAAGAUGCUCUGGAAACCCGCGCGAGUCUGCUGACAAAACUGCGAAAUGAGCUAUCUACCGCUCGAGACGAGCUCCGCCAGGUUCAGAUUGACUAUCAGGCACAAGUAAACAAGGUUGUCGCAAUGGAGGAUGAAAUCGAGCUGCUACGAUUAAAGACGUCCGCGCAGGGGACUCCUGGUCGCAUGUCUUCAGCUGUCAAAGAGUCACAGGCUUUGCAAGACCAAGUGAAGAAGCUCAAAGCAGAUCUUGCAUCUACCCAGAACUCACUCGCGGAAGCCAGGGCAAAAUGCGACGAACUUCAAGGGCGCCUGCGCCAACAAGGAUGCCCGGAAAACGACGGCCUUCAAAUGGAUCAGGAGCGGCUUGAUUUGAGAGCUGCCAAGAUGAAGCUCGACAACGAAGUCCGCCGCCUCACUGAUGAGAAGAGGUCGCUAAAGGAAAGCCUGGCUGCUACGGAAAAGGCUCUGGACGAUGCGAGAGACAAUGCUUGCGCGACGGAGCAGAGUUUGAGAAGAGAGAUUGGUCAGCUUCAGAGCAAGGCACGCUCCGUCAGCCCGACAAAGUCCAACAGCCAGGGUCCGCUGGCAGCCCACCACCAGCGCACAAUACGGGAGCUAGAACAGGAGGUUGGGUUUUACCGGGACGAGCUCUCCAAAUUACAGUCGGCCGGCGCCGAUGAAGACGACGCUGCCACCAAUGUAUCGAGUUUGCGGAGGGAUCUGGCAACACUGAGGCAAAAGGAACUCGAUUUUCUGCAAAGGGAGUCGAGCCAGCGCAGCCUGGUGAAACAGCUCGAGGCGCAGGUGGCAGAUCUGGAGCGGCAGCUGCAUGAGAGCAGAGUUUCGCGACUGGCAAGGUCGCCAGCCGGGUCAGCGGCCGCGCCCUCCAGUCGGCAGGUGGCGGCGUUGCAGCAGGAGCUCUCGGACGCGCAGCAGGCGCUGGACGGGUUGAAGACGCAGAGCACCGAGGCAGAGCGGCGGGCGUCCAAGACGCUGGAGGAACUGCAGUGCCAGCUCAACGACCUGGAAGACCAGAAGCUCGUGCUGGAGGAGGUCCUGGAAGAAGCCAGGGAGCAGGCGGAAGAGCUGGCGGCGCACAACGACAAGGCGAUGCGCCGCCUGAGGCACAAGCUGGACAGGGCGGAGCGAGAACGGGACGCCGCCGUGGCUUCGCAGAGCGGCGAGCAGGGCAGGCAACUCCGGCAGAGCCAGGCCGAGAUGUCAAGCCUCGGGAGCAGCGUGCGGCAGCAGCAGGAGCUCAUAGACGGCCUCGCCGCCGCAGAGGCCGUGCUGAGGCGGAAGCUGGAAAAGGCGCGCAGCGAACGCGCAGCCUUCCGGAUGAGCGCCGAGAAGCUGCGGCGCGACAUGCAGCUGCUUCAGAAGUCGGGCAGUGCGGCGGAGUCGUCGGACAAGCACGCGCUCGAGACGCUGGUGCGCGCCGCCGAGAGCGCCCAAGGCCAGCACAAGAAGGAGGUCAAGGGGAUGGUGAUGCAGAUGGAAUGGAUGCAAGCACGCUGGGAGCGCGAGGCUCUGCUUCGGUCAGAUGCCGCCUUUGCCAAGGGCUUCGUACAGCUCCAGCUCGACGUUGCCAAUGCAUGCAACAAGGCGCAACUCCGCGAGCUCGAACACAUCCGCACCCACCUGCUGCAAAGCAAGAAGCCCCUCGCGGUAUCCCUGCCCGCCAACAACAACAACAACAACAACAACAAGGCCGCUUCCGGCACGGCGGCGAAACCAAGCUCCAUCCGGCCGUUCCUCGCCAUGGCCCGCUUCAUCGCUCGCAUGCGCGUCUCGUCACGCCGAUGGGCUGAGCAGGAGCACGUCCGCCUCAAGCUGGUGGCAGCCAGGGAUGAGCAGCGGCGCGUCAAACGGUCGAAACAGUUCAAGAUUGUCAGAAUGGAGUCUUGA